GCCACUUCAGCUCUUUACCUCCGUUUAGCGGUGUUCAUCCUCACCACAGCGCCUGUCUUUAAAGCUCUUAUACUGCACCUGGAGAAUACUAAUUGUACCAUUUAGUUUAACAGUGGGCUGUCGUGGUGUUUUUUUUUUUAUGGCGCUUUGGAGGAGUCGGGUGGCGAGUCAGGUAGUUAGUUAGUAUAACAAGUCAGUUGUUUAGUUAGUGAGCCGAGUUCUGUCUCAGUGUCAGUGGGAAGAUAAACAUGGAUGACGGGCCACGGUGAUGGCUUCCAGGAGUUUAGGCCCUGACUGAUCUGCUGCUUCUUUCUUUUCAAACAGCAUUCAUGCAUUUGAGCCCCAGGCUCUGGAGACGUGACGUGCCUUUGUCAGAGCAGUUUGGCGAGGCUUCAGUAGCUGCAAUGGUUCCAAGAUCUCCAGCAACAGUGUCCCCUACUGGGCCCAACAUCUCAUGGCUCCCUGAGGCUCCACUCCGCACUGCUGACCAGCCAAUUUUCCUCAUGACCACCACAGCUCAGGCUGUGUCCGGCUUCUUUGUGUGGACAGCAUUAUUGUUUACCUGCCACCAGAUCUACAUGCACUUGCGCUAUUACAGUUCACCGAACGAGCAGAGACACAUAGUGCGCAUCCUUUUCAUCGUUCCCAUCUAUGCUUUUGACUCAUGGCUCAGCCUUCUCUUCUUCACCAACGAUCAGUACUACGUCUAUUUCGACACAGUGAGAGACUGCUAUGAAGCGUUUGUGAUCUAUAACUUCCUGAGCCUUUGUUACGAGUACCUGGGAGGUGAGAGUGCCAUCAUGUCUGAAAUCAGAGGGAAGCCCAUCGAGUCCAGUUGUGUCUAUGGGACUUGCUGCCUUUGGGGUAAAACCUAUUCUAUUGGCUUUCUCAGAUUUUGUAAGCAGGCCACCCUUCAGUUCUGUGUGGUGAAGCCCCUGAUGGCAGUCAUCACAGUCAUCCUGCAAGCCUUUGGAAAAUAUCGUGAUGGAGAUUUUAAUGUGGCCAGCGGGUAUCUGUACAUAACCAUCAUCUACAACGUCUCAGUCAGCCUGUCCCUCUACGCUCUCUUCCUCUUCUACUUUGCCACCCGAGACCUGCUCAGCCCCUACAGCCCUGUGCUCAAAUUCUUCAUGGUUAAAUCGGUCAUCUUUCUUUCCUUUUGGCAAGGUAUGCUGCUGGCCAUCCUUGAGAAAUGUGGAGCGAUUCCAAAGAUUAGCUCUGCCGAGGUGUCCGUUGGUGAGGGCACGGUGGCAGCUGGCUAUCAGAACUUCAUUAUCUGCAUUGAGAUGUUUUUUGCUGCGGUGGCCCUGCGCCAUGCCUUCACAUACAAAGUGUACAUGGACAAGAGGCUGGACUCGCAUGGGCCUCUUCCAACAUAUGGACAGUUCGGCCGUUCAGCACCUAUGAAAAGCAUCUCUAGCAGUCUGAAGGAGACCAUCAACCCUGGGGACAUGGUCCAGGAUGCCAUUCAUAACUUCUCUCCAGCUUAUCAGCAGUACACUCAGCAGUCCACUCUGGAACAAGGAGUCAAAGCACCGCCCCUGUCACGUAGCCAUAGCUCUAUGAGCGCACAGGACACUGAGAAAACCCUCCUGCUCAGCUCUGAUGAUGAGUUUUAGCACCUGUGUAGGCUUCCAAAAUUAUCCAAAUAUAUGUAGAGCUACUCUUCUGUCUCUAGGAUAGACUCUAUGCUGCAGUGAUGAACUGGUAGGCGAGCCGUUUAUAAUGGGGACAUGUCAUUACAGGACCAUGUGACAACUAGUCCAACGAUUUACAUGUUGGAGUAUUAUAAUUAUUGCUGCUUAUCGUUUCGUUGUUAUUGACGUUCUGAAACAACAAAUCCUUUCUGCAGAAGCCUUUUAGUAUGUUCUGCCUUCUAAGAAAACAGUUUAUUUUAAGAGUAACCUUUUCUGUAUUAUUAGGAAUUAUUUUGUUGUCUUAAAUGCUUAUCAGCAUUUUUACACAUUUAUACUUGAAUUGAUAUUUUUUUCCUGAAGGCAUUUAGUUAUGGAAUGACAAACUAUUUAAACUCCUCAUAAAUAAAUCUAAGUCAUAAAGUAUCUAAGUGAUGGUAAUCAGUAGGGGAUUGAGGUUUUGUCUUCCUCUCCCUUGUUUAAGCUCAGCCCUGUGUAAGAUGUCCAGUGCUUACAUUUGAUGUAAAAGGGGUUUGACAGCAGAAAUCUUAUAACAUUUGUUUUAGCAGCUGUGAGUUGCAUGUUUUUGUGAUUGAUAAAUCAGGGACAGAGUGGAGUCACAGUUGGGUUUAAUGAGAUUACAGAUUAAGACAAACCUGCACUUGGUUCGGGUUCGGCAUUCCUGCAGACUGGAAUAUUAGGUUAUAAUUGGGGACAGUAGUGUGUUAGCCAUUAAGGAACUGCCAGUGCUCUUGGUGGUAAGGUCUUUAUCUGGGUUAGCUUGGGGGUACAACAAAAAUGCAGAUAAAUGUUGCUUAAACUGCAAAAUCUUCUAAUAGUACAUUUCAGAUAUGACUUAAUGAUACACUCAACAGUGACACUAUACAUAUUUUAUCUUUUUCAAUUUUCUUUUUAUAUGCUUAUUAGGGCAGUUUACAUAGAUCCUUGACAAGCAGGCUUACCCUAGGUGAACAGGCCUGUUCUUUCUUGAUGGCCACUAGAGGGCGGGAUCUUGUAGAGUGGGAGGGCACCAGCACCUUAUCUCAGUAGGACAUAUUAGUUGCUGUGGUGUUUUCUAAGGGCCGUGUUGAUAUUUCCUUCCUGUACUUCUGUUGUUUUUUCUUGAUUUCAGUUUCCUUAUGGUAGCACUACAACCUCUCUGGCCUAGACUCUGCUUGUUGUGGACAUUGUUAUAUCUUUAGCUUAUUACAGUUAGAUUGAAAUAUUGAUGUCUGUUCUGCUCUUAUUUGUGCAAUAGAGGCCAGUAGAAAUGAUCUAGCUCCAGUAUUUGAUUAAGUAUUUAUGGUACUUGCUUUUUAGUAUGUUAGGGUUUUUUUGGGUGGGAAGGGAAUUUAAUAUCGAAUUUUUGGAAAUAUUUACCAUUAAUGCACUAAAGCCCAGCUCAGUGCCCUAAAGGGAAUGUGAGGCUUUUGAAUUACUCGCCCAGGGGGCAUCCAAACAUUCGCUACAUUUAAAUAAUCACAACAAGCUUUCUUUGUUCUAAGGUAGCUAAACCCACAGUGGUUACAUUAUUUUGAGAGAGGUGGUACGGUGGUGUAGUGUGAUUUCUGCUCCGACCCGGAGUCUGGCGUCGUGUCUGUAUGGCGUAGCUCUACAUUUUUCCCUGGUGUCCUGAGAAAUAAAAAAUAAAAUAAAAUAAAAAACCCUGCUGGUGGAGCUCUAUUGAAAACUCUAGGCAUGAACGAGUGCGUGAAUGAAAAUACGGGUGUGUCCAGCCUGGUGAUGGAUGGGCUUCUCAGUAAGCGUGUAUCCCUGCCUUUAGAGGACUUCGGAUCCAUUGCCUCUCUCAUGAAUGAAUGAUUUAGAGAAAUUAUUAUUGUUACUAGGAAUUAAACUAUUGAGGCUAUCCAGCCCUUUUGAACACUAAAGUAUAUUUUAAGCACAGAUAGAGCAAUAGUGUGUACGAUCAAGCAAAUGCUUUAAUUUUGUUUUAUUUUUAAUGUGCCAUUGUAUAUUUUCCUGCAAAGAUGACGCUUCUAUUUUUCCUUGUGCCGUACCUACAGAAUAAUAAAAAAAGG